AUGAACAGCAGAAGUACCACAGGGAAUAAGUUUGCGAUGAGCCCCAACUCUUUUGAAAAUAACGACAAUAAAGAAAAUCAUCUGAAGGAAGUGGUGACUCCGUUAGGGGAUGUUUAUAUACUCAAUGAAAAAACUAAUGAGAAAUUUAUUAAGGGCACCCAGAGGAGUGACGGCACGUUUAGGAAAACCAUCCGCGUAAGGACGGACUACAUGCCGCAGGAGGAAAACUGCGUAUAUCAGGUGAAGGGGAAAAUACUGGAAGAGCAGAACAGGAGCGGGAUUGUAAGCUCCAGCACGAAGACCUAUGCAAGCGAGAAUCCCCUCGACAGCAAUACAGCAAGCGCAAAAGAGGUGGUCACAAAUAGCAUUCUGAAAAUUUUGGCGAAUAAAAGCGCAGAAAAAAAAGUGCCCGGGUGGAACCCCAUUAAUGAAAAUGAAAACGAAAAUCAAAACGGGAAGAAUUUAAAAAAGAAGAAAAAGAAAAAAAAAAAAAAAAAAGAGACGGUGAAAAAAUCGAGAGUUAAUAGAGACGAGUUAUUAGAAGGUCUACUAAAUUACCACUGUGAAGGCAUCUUUGGGGACGUAAACCCUGACCCCCUUCCUCCCUUUCCAAAAAAAAAAAGAAAAAGAAAGUUAAUGCGACCGAGUGGCUCUUUUUACCAUUUUCUUCUGAAAAUGAAUAAUUAG